GGUGCACCCAAGUUUUGUUCAUAUAAUUAAAGAGAUAGGGAAAUAAGCAUCUCCUCGUAAAACCUAACAUCGCCACUUCCUUUCGAAACCUAAAUCGACCAGAACAGCAUCGAUCAAUCAUGUCUUCUGGUAUUCCUGUUCAAGAUAGCCAGGAGUUCGUCCGUAGGCAGAUGAAUUACUGGGAGCAAGUGAGUGAAUCAGGGGGUUUUGAUAUCGAACAUAUCUCAGCACCGCCAAUGGGACUCUUGACUUACGAUUGUGAAGACAAGAGGAAUCUGUUUCCUAAUCGUCUGUUGGUCAAUCUCUACGCUAGACUCGGUAUCUAUCGUUACAACCUCUCUAAGGGAACAAAUUUAAAGUUCCACCACCUGACGAAGUUCAACAUGACUAAUAACUGUAUCUCCUCAUACCGCAUCACUUUGGUUGCUUAUGAUCCAGUGACCACUUCGCUGGUCACCUUCCUGGUUGGAAUCUCUGAGGAGGAAUAUGCUCGUUUGAAUUUGAUGCUCUUCAUUGCUAGACCUCAAGCUGAUAAGCCUCACUGCCAAGAACCAGUUAGGCCAAUUGGUUCCACCAUUUAUCCCUUGACACCGGAUGCAUGUGAUGACAAGGGAUUAUUACCUUUCUGGCCGACCAAUUUUGAGGAUACAUCACGUUUCCGCCUGGUACACAAUAUCACUUUUUUCUUCUCUCUUUCUUGAUUUCAUUUA